AAAGAAGUGACGUUUAUUUGCAUUUAUUUAGACUGAGCCAAUUUAAGCAUUUUGUCCUACAGGUAGCUAGCAACGCAUUCUAGUUCUGAAGCUUAAAAGCUUUAAGCUUUCUCCCCCACAAUCACUGCAAAAUUCAAAAUGAAGGGGCUUGUCUGUAUUGGACUGUUCAUACUUCUCACUUUGAGCAUACAAACUGAUGCCAAUGUGAUCCGACAGUCAGACAGCCACCAUGUGGAAAAACGAAGCCCCCCGUAUUGGCCUUACUCCACCAGUGAUUUCUGGAGAUAUGUCGAGUAUUUCCGAAGCAUUGGGGAUUAUGACAGAAUCCAGCAGCUGGCGCACACGUUUUAUGCUCACUUCCCUAUAGGGAAUUACAUGGGCUAUGACACCCCAGAACAACAGGAAAUACAAGCUAAGAUUGCAAAGGAGGCACACGCGUAGAGUGAAAGUGCAAGGAAACGGAGUUGGUCUGAAACAAAAGUAAACGGUGGAGUCAACUUCAUUACCAUAUAAUUGAUUAACUUAAUAAUCUGCCUUAUCUAUCUGUUGCCUUUAUGUAGUGUCAUAAUUGUAUGAUUCUUUAUAUAUAAUCAUACGGAUUUCACCUGUAUUAUAUAGUUUCCUCAAAGAAUCUUUAUUUUAGCAAGAGAUGAUUUGUUUUCUCUUUUGUGACUUAAAUUGGAUUUAUUUAAACUUAUUAGAACAUUGUAAUAAUUAUUCAAAGGAAUCUUAAAUCUUGUCAAAGAUUUAAUUUCUUAACUCAGAAUCAAUUAGCCAGUAUGUAUAGUCUGACCUCUUUCUAAUUUGCUCCAAUAAAAUCUACAUACAGUAUCUAAUGAAAAGGUGUACCAUUGUAUAAAACUGAAUGUAAAUGGCAAUAUUACCUUUCACUUCUGUGACUGAAGGGAUAGUGCUCUUUUCUUGCAU